AUGAUGGUGAACACUUCAAAGCUCUCUAAUGAAUCCGUGACACCCACAACGGUUGCUACAACGACAAAAGAUAUUAAAGAUGGGAAAAAAUCGUCGUUGCUAUCGCCAACUAAUGAAAAAAAGAAAACAAAAAAAUCAAUAACAACAACGACGUCUUCUUCUUCAUCGUCGAGAACAACGAAAAAAAAUAAACGAAAAGAUUUAUCAUCGAAUAAUAGUAGGAGUAAAUCAAAAUCAGUGACAAAUCAUCGGCGAAUAUCUUUUUCGAAUAUAAAACAACAAUCGCAAAAACGUCCACGAUCGCUCAGCGAUGAAAGUACAUCUUCAAGAAGUUGCUCAUCAGACAGUUCCUGUUCAACAUCAUCGUCCAAUUCUUCUUCAGUUAAUUCCUCAGUAUCUUCAGCAAACUCAAUUUUACCAAAAUCUGUAAAGACAAUCAAAAUGGCAAAAAAUAAUGAUAAUCUAGAACCAGCAAUACAACUGACAACUGAUAAUACUUAUGACAUGGAGAUAAACACAGACAAAAACUUGACAACAGCACUACCAGCAACAACAAUAACGACAACGAUCACGGAUGAAAAUAAUAGUGAUGAUAAAAGUCGACGUUCCAUUGCUGAAAAACAUAUCAAAACCAUAACAUCAAAAACAAAAACGGGAAAACACGAUCUUAUUGAUGGUUUUGCAUUUUUAUCGUUCGAAAAUAAUGAUGAUCUGUUAUUGGCCUAUGAGCAACAUCAACAAUUAUUAAUUGCACAUAAUAAGCAUAAAAUAAAUGAACGAAAUAGGAUAACGAUUGGAAGGAAAACCAGUAGAAAAACCGAUCAGUCGUCAAUAAUGAUAUAUGAGGCAAAUCGUUCAAUGAAUAUAUCAUGUAAUCCAACAAUUAAAGUAGAUAUCGCCCCAUCGUCAUCAAAUACACCAUUAAUUAGUUCUUUAGAUGACAGUAAACCAUUCAUAGUAAAAAAUAAUCAACAGCAGCUCGAUAAAUUCGAUGACGAUAGUCAACAACAAAUUCCUAAACAUACAGUGGUAACACAAUCAUCAGAAUUGAAUAAAGAGCAACGUGCUCCAUUGACGAUCAAAUCAGAGCCAAACCUAUUUGAUUAUUCUCAAUUUAAACAGUUUCCUCCUUUUUCUUCAUCACCAUUUGGACCAUCAUUGCCAUUCGAUCCAAUGAUUUAUUCACGUUUUUAUAAUCCUCAUCAUAAUUUUGAGUUACCUAUACCACCGCCGCCUUUAUUUUCGUCAGGCCCAGCAUUAUUUCGUCCUUAUCCAAAAUCAGAUGAAUCUCCAAAUACAUCUUCAUCGAGUUCAGUUAAUUUAUCACUCGAAAAAAUGCUGUCAUCGUUUUAUCCUACUUACAUUUCAGCUGCGACUGCUGCAGCGACAAACACGCCGUCUUCUGCAAGUAUCAAUGUAAAAAUGGAUCCAACGAAUAUGUGUCCUAAUUUAUGGUCACGUGAAACUUUACAGCGACAAUUAAACUCACAUUACCUCGCUUCGCAUCAUAAUCAAAAUUCUUUUCAGCAGCCACAGGCUGAUAAAUUAUUAACACAACCGAAAUCGGAUGUGUCUCCUACCCAGUUUUCUUCAACAACAAAGGUAACUAAUCCAUCUCCAAAGCCUUCUAAUAGUACAUCAAGCACCGAUUUUACUCCAUUACCGUAUCAUUUACCACCACUGAUCUUCACAGAAUUUCAUCAACAUCAACACAAUCAUAACCAUACACAUCAGCACAAUUUAAAUUUAACAACAAAAAACGAUUCAUUAUCUAAAUCACCCGCAAUAACCCCGAAUUCUACUGUGACAAAAGAAGUACCGUCAAAAAAGCCAUCGUCACAAACAAAAAUGAAAUUUUCUGUCAGUGAAAUGUUUACCAAUGACAACCACGCAAAUAAUAACUCAACAGUGAAAAGAUCAAAUGAGUUAUCAUCCAGAAAUCAUGCAUUUUUAUCAGUAAAUAAAUCUUCAGUGAAAAAUAGCUGCCCUCCAGCUCCAACAAUUAAACCAUCUAAUGGACGUUGGUCAAGUGCUCAUGUUCAUAUAGCGUGGAUGAUUUACUAUCAAGAACAACGAGUUCGCGAUAAAUUUGGUUUGACAUCACCUAAUAAACAACAAAAUCCUGCAAUGAACACGUUACGACCACCGUUUUUUUCCUUUGAUGCUCAAUCCGCUUUAUUUUCUUCUCAAAAUGAUCUGAAUGCUCGUAAUAAUUUUAGCCCAUGGAUGGCUCAAUCAUUCAAAUCAUUACCACCAUUUCUUCCUCAUCAAGAACAAUCACCAUUACUUAGACCUCCGUUUGCGCCUGUUUUAAACAAAUCAUCUUCAUCGACAAGUUUAACGCUGCCUUGUCCGAAACCAAUUGUUACUCCUUCUACAACAAUUAAACAAAAACGUGAUUCUGAAAUAAAACAUCAGGCAAAGCCUAUUACAAUUGAUAUAACAUCGUCGCGUACAACACCAUUACCCACGCCAACAUUUUUUGAUUCUCAUAUAACAAACGCCACAAGUCUGUUAGAUCGUCGAUCACUAUCUCUCCUUGUGCCAAAUCGAUCUACACCAGUAUCAACUCAUCUCUUAUCUUCACCUUCUCUGCGAUUACAGCAACAACAAAACAAAGAUUUAUUCGACGAAAGAAGGAAAUUUAAUCAAGAACAGUUACUUGCGUUUCCACCUUCACCCUUUCUUUCUUCUUUAUUGACUAAUCCGGCAGCAUCCAAUUCAUCCAUGCCACCAUUCAAUCGACCAACAACAUCGACAUCAAAUAUCGACUACAAACCUUCAUUAUCACCUUAUUUUCCGACACCGUCAUCAUUAUUCGAUCCAUCAACCAUUGGUACACGUGCGCCACCAUUUUUACCUGAUCGUUUAGAACAAGAAAGAUAUCGGUAUUUGUUAGAACAACAGGCACAAUUAAGAGAAAGAGAAGUACAAAUGAUGAUGACUGCAGUAAAUCAUCCAUUGAGUGCUCUUCAUCAGUCAUUAUCGACAAACGAUGAAAGAAUACGUUUUCACGAGAGAUUAUAUAAACCAUAUUAA